AGACUCACUGGCAGUCUCGUUGAUCCGGCUGUGAGCAGUGCGCGCCGUGACGUGACAAUGGCGGCAGUCGUAAUUGCGGAACGGUGCGUUACUGUGAUCAGCUGAUUGACCGAGUCCGAGCGAGCGAGCGAGAGAGAUUGAGGGAGGGGGAGAGAGCGAGCGAGAGAGAGAAAGAAAGAAAGAGAGAGUGAGGGGGAGAGAGAAAGAACGAGAGAAAGAGCGCGCGGACGUUCCGAAAAAGGAGCCGAUCGGGGAAAGAGGCGGCUGGAGGCAAAAGCCCUUCGCGCACGCUGGCCAUGUCGUCCUCGUGAUCGGCGCCGAAGGUGCUGAAGGUGGCCCCCCUCGUUGUUGUAUGUGAAGUAUAACCGUAUAUACCAGCUCCCCCCGCCGGCAACCCCCUUUCUUCCUCCGCUCGCGCCGUGUCUCUCGUCGCAACGCGCGCGUACAUCCGCUCUGUGUUGUUUGUGUUGGCCACGUAUGCGUGCGGUUUGUACGACCGGUAGAUAAAUGUCUCUCAGCCAUGCCCGCCGUGCGGAAGUACCGGAGGGAUACCAGCGAGGUGAGCUGCUGCCUCAAGUACGUGAUCUUCGGAUUUAACGUCAUGUUCUGGUGGCUCGGUCUGGGCAUCAUGGGGGUGGGUGUCUGGGCAUGGACCGAAAAAGACACCUUCAACAAUCUGUCCCGCCUCACGAACAUCGCGCUCGAUCCAGCAUUUAUCCUCAUUCUAGUCGGUGCGGUGACAUUUAUCAUCGGUUUCACGGGAUGCGUCGGCGCGCUGCGGGAGAACACGUGCCUCCUCGCCGCGUACGCGAUAUUUCUGGCGCUUCUGCUGCUGAUAGAGAUGACUGCCGGUGUCCUGGGAUUCAUCUUCAAAGACUGGAUAAAAUCGCAAGCCACGGGAGGCUUUCAAGCGUUCAUCAUCCACUACAGAGAGGAUCCCGAUCAGCAGAACCUUAUCGACUGGAUUCAGGAAGAUUGGUUGCAGUGUUGCGGCGUCGAGGGCCCGAAGGAUUGGGACCGCAACAAUUAUUUCAAUUGUUCGUCGAGCGACAUCGGCUCGAGGGAAGCGUGCGGCGUGCCUUUUAGCUGUUGCAAGCGGAAACAUAAUGAAAUCAUUAAGAAUAAACAAUGCGGCUACGAUGUUAGGAAGCCUAGUUACACGGGCGAGAGGAGUAUAUUCGAGCGGGGUUGCCUGAGAGCGGGCGAGGAGUGGCUAGAAUUGAACCUCGUGCCCGUUGCUGGCGCUGUGGUCAGCACUAUGGUUCUGCAGAACUUUGAGGUCGCCAAAGUGAUUUACGAAAAAGGUUGCAUACAGGCCGGCGAGGAGUGGAUGGAGCGAAAUCUCCUUGCGAUUGCCAGCGGCGCGGUCGGUACGGCGUUUGCUCAGAUUCUGGGGAUCUGCUUCGCGCAGAACCUGCGCGCGGACAUAUUCGCGCAAAAGGCGAAGUGGCAUUGACAAUCGCGAGCCCCCACGGCAGUGUAGCAUCUUGUCUUCAUAGAUGCUAACCGGCUGCGUUGAUCGAGUUUACGAGGUCUCGACGCGGAGAGCUUCUCACCCGGCGAGCGGAUCGCAUAGGAUCCUCCUGGACGGCGGGGCAGGAGAGGGUCGCGAAGGAUCUUCCUCGCGGCCCGACCGAGGCUAACGACGUUAAACGACCGGAUGCCGAUGCGCCCCGUUAUCCUCCGCAAUCCGCCGAUAACAACGCUGCGUUCGCGUCGCGCGAUCUCGAAUCCCCUCGGCUUGCAAAUUCGCCCGCGAGCCGCCCGACGAAUCCCGCGCCACGACCGUCGUCCUGUUCUCCUACGGUACCGUCCAAUCGAUUAACGCCCGAUUCGCCGGAUAAUGAGAGAAAUUGACUGUUCUCGGAGAGUUCAUUGUCGCGCGUCGUGCAAUUAAUAUCGGUUUCGCGAGGACGGAGGGAUCGCUUUCUCAAAGCGAACCAGAGAGCGAUGGAAGAAUGUGUUUUGCCCGUGCGUUUUGCACUUAUAUCGCAGCGUAAUUAAUUAUUUUGCACAAGUGUUGGAUCGUCAAUCAUUGGGAAUGGACGAAUCGAUCGGACGUGCAGUUUCAAUUCGGAUUUGCAAUCGGGGAGGUUCGGGGGAGCAGGAAGGAAACUCGUUCCGUCGUGCGCGCAUCUUUCUUUCUUUUUUACAAAUUAAAUUAAAGUCAAUUUCUCUCGUUAUCAGACGAUGUCGACGAGGGGAGGCCGGUCGUCGCGCGACGUGAGCGUCGGGCAGCGAGGUUUUUCGACGGAGAGUGUCGCAGUAUAUCGUCACGGAGCAUCCGAUGUAACGUUUGUCUUCAUCACCGGAACGGAACGUCUCGAUGUUUCAUCCGGGCGUUGCCCCGUCUGCGAAACGUAUUUGCUUCAUCACGAAAAAUCGAAAUUUCGCGUUUCCUCCCCAUCUUUUCCUCCCCUCUUCCUCUCUUCCCCUUCUUUUCUCUUUCUCUUUCUUUCAAGAGAAUCGCGAAACACAGAGUAAUUCGCUGCCAAACGACCGUCCCGAGUUCUCCGGAUGGAUUAUUCAAGCUAUCGAGUAUCAAAUAUCAUGUAGAAAGGUAGAACGGAGUAUAUUUUUCAUUAGCACUCCCGAUAAUGAGAUUCUCCGCUUUGAAACUGCCAAUUUGAAGCCGCGAGUCUUGCCCAACGAGAGAACGACGGGAUUAAUUGGGCGAUUCUACCGUAUAAAGUGGAUAUUCCCGAAUCGGAACGCGACUCGUGCCAGAGCCCGGUGCAAUUCCGGUUUUGAAACCGACGACGAGUCAACGAGAGCGAUCACGAGUGACACUCAAAACGGCACUCUCGAAUACUCCACGGAGAAUCGAUACACCCAGGGAAACAGCAGAGGUCUCAUCCGCGUUACCCGCUGCUCGCGGAUUCGAUCCUCCUCGAGACGCCACAGAGGAUGCCGAUCGCACGUUCGGCGUCCGCUUUCGUCCCUAAUCGCAGUUAAUCACACUUUCAUUUCCCCGACUGUAACGCUAUUAAUCGAGCACGAUACGCGAAGCAGCGUCACUUCGAACGUGUUUCACGUACGCGGCCUCACCUCGAUUAAUCUCACCCCCUCAUUCGGCCACCACCGACGAAACACCGCACAAUUUAUUCUCAUUAUUUCCUCCUCCCUCGUAAUCUCGAAUUAUCGUGAUAUCGUUCGAAUACGUUUCGUGAUGGAAAGACGAACGCGAUCCUCCGCCGAGUUAGCGAGCGCGAUUGCGUAGAUCGGGAUCGUCAUUAAGAGUCGAUCAACGACAUGUCGUCGUCGUGGGGGCGCGGUGAACGAUCGGUUUCACCGCCGAACAAAACGAAGCAACCAACUCAUCGCCGUGACUGAGAACGGCAGCCAUACGACACGCGAGUAUACAAUAAACUUUCCCUUGCUCCAAUCGGCCGUUAAAACGGUGGUCAUGGCUCGUGCCACUUUGGCCAUAUUGAUCCCCCGUUGUACGCACACACACAUACACACACACACGCCCACACAUGUGCGCAACACACUUACACGGUAUCCCGGCAUGUUCUCCAUCCCUCCAUCGGCGGACCAGGUGUCCGUCGUACACACCGUGUCUACACAGCACGUGUAUCGAAGAGUACGUCGGAAAGAGGCGCCCUUCGACCCUUCGAGUGCGUAUCGAUUCACUUGACGGAAACAACACUCGUCAAUGAUAACAGAGCGGAGAAUCCGCGACGGUCCGUCGCCGAAGGGUCGAUGGGAAACGCGUUGUGCAAAUUCGAGAGGGUGAUUCACCGCGCGCGCUUCCAUGCACGUUGCGGGUAGACGCGGUCGGCACAGCGCGUGCUAACUAAACUUGGGCUGUUAAUAUUUAUAAAUCUUACGCGCCGGUUCCGCGACGGUUCCGCGUGUUUAUUCAUGCUCGAACUCGACAACAACGCGCGGAACAAGUUUUCGCUGAAAGUCGCGCCGGGGAAAUAUCGAAAUCCCUCUCUGGUUUCCGUGCGUCGCCCCGCAGCCGAGGCACGCACAUUUCGCCGGGAAAUGUUUGCAAUCGGGUUGGCGAAACAAAUCGUGAGCGUGUUUCUUUUUUAUACGCGCUGGCCCGCGUGUUUGAUGCUGAUAUUUCCUCGAAGCACCGAUAUUCGGGAAUACGAAGUAUAUAUACAUAAAUUUCGGGGUGACUUUUUUUAGAACGCUAUUCAAAUGCCGUCUCACAUGUUUAUUCGUGUACGCCGCGAAUUCGAGCAUGUUAUUUUAACCGAGGCUUUUCUUGAACAUUUCUUGCCGUUUCAAAUCGCGUCACGUAACACGAUUGGACGUUUAUGCGUGUAAAAAUAACACACUUGGAUUUACAGUGUAUAAGUAAAAGGGAAAAGCACAAUUGCGAAAAUUCUAAGCGCGCAUCCGGAAGUACGAGCACGCGAUUCCUAAAAUCGAUGUAGAACGCACGACUUUCCGCGUUUUCAAAAAUGAAGACGAAGGAUAAAGACGAUCGUAUCGCAUGCCGCUUUCCGGAGCGUAAUUUCUCAAUUUUCAAGCUGAAAAUACGUCCUUCGGAAGACGCCUCUGGUGUCGAAAUGCGCUUCCGAGCGCCGCAAGCCGCAGAUGCGCUCUCAAUACGGUCGAUCCACGCGCGGAUCGAUCGCACGAUAUAACCUGUUGCUAAGCGAUUCGAGCAUGAAUGCAAAAUACGUCAUACAGACACGUUCCGAAUGUCGCUCCUCACUCGAGACACGUUUAACACGGGAUUUCCUGUAAAUUUCGUUUCGCGUUACGAUAGAUAGUCGAAUACAUUGAUGUAAUUAACGAGAUUAUCCGUCGCGGGCGAACGCCCGUUGCUCGUCGUUUCUACCGUGCCGAAUAGCCGUUCGUUCGACGUUUCGCUGUACGAAUUUAUCGUCUCCCGAUCCACCCGAGGAAAACAUCGGUUUUCGCAAGUUCCACCACGUCGAUUCGUUGUGAUGAUGCGUCGUUUAGUCAUGCUUCGUUGCUAUGCGAAGGGUUAAGUUAACCGACCACUGUAUUCCGCACGAGCCGUUUUGUAACGCGUACACGGAAGCGGGUUUAGUGAAGACUGAGCUGCCACGCUGAGGGAAAGAAAAAGAACGGACGAUAAUAUUCCUAUGUCGUAAGAAUUAUUUUUCAUCAAGGUCGUCGGACAUUUACUUUCGAGGUAUUUCGCGCAGUUCGAAACUCGUUAUUGAUAUCUCAAUCGUAAAAAAAAAUGGUAAAGAGCCGAGACGUCACAUGACACACGUCUAGACGCCAUCCAACACGAACGUCGCUGAAGUAAUUUGCUAAACCCGAUACUUCUGACCCGUACAUCGUCCUCGUAUUAACUCAAGUUGUCCACCUGAUCCGAUAUCCUCCCCCGAGAUGAUCGUAGUCUCGUCAAAGAAUAUACGGAUCACGUGACAGGUAUUAAAGCAAUUCGCUUGAAGGGUAUAUAUAUAUAUACAUAUAUAUAUAUAUAUAUUUAGUGUUAUACACGUUAAGUUAAUUAGUUAGACCGUUAACUCGUUUUAUAUGUCUUCGCGAGAUCAUCUGAUCGAUUUCUCGUGUCUGCGUAAUUUUACUCAAACGACGGACAAAGACGACUCCGGUCGUCGCGUUUCUUCUUCGUUACGUCAAGCCACAUAAUUAUGCCAGCGAUUUUGCCGUUCUCAUCGCGUACGAUUCGCCGUCACACUUCCACUAAUCUCGCGAAUGUCGAAAAAAAUGUAAGUCGCAUUCGUCUUUGGAUGUGCGAUGUGCGUUUUGGUACACGCCACGUAUUAUUUUUCAUUUUAUUAAGUUUCUGUCGUAAUAAAGAUACGAUUUGCAUA